AUCAGUGCGUCCAGAACAGCGACUGUGCAUCGGAUCUGUGCUGCCGCGUGGAUAACGUCAACGUGCGGACCUGCAAGCCCCGGUCCAAGAGCGGGGAAAAAUGCGUGCCGGAUAUUCCAUACAGUCACCAUUACAACUAUCACUGCCCCUGCCUAAAAGGAUUUUGCCAAGACGUCACUCAGGACUUCGGAAUAUGCAGAGAUAAUUUCAUCAGGGGUUAACGCCCCAUCACGACAGGAACCCGGCAGAGGCCACAGUCUUCCGUGCCCUAGCGAAACGCAGCCACUGGAAGCGUCCGAUUAUUCAAUUAGAUUCAUUUACUGUAUUGAAUUAGAUUUAUUUUUUGCAUUUUUGUACCAAAAGCUCCAACGGGCAAAAAGAAUAUCUCUCAUUUGCCAGCUUGAUGGUGUCCAUGUGCAUUCACCAACAAUUGCUUAGGAACACUCCUUAGGGAAGGACAUGUUUUUUUUUAGUGUUCCUUCUUUGACCGCGAAGUGAUACAGUGGGAACCUAAACUUUAAUGAGACAUUAAAUAGAAAGAUAAGUUGAACUGUUCAGUAAGUUACGCUUCAACAACGUCGCAGAAGCGACUGUCGGGGAGAGAAGAGUCUUGUUCCGCCAGAAAGAACGCAAAUCGCGAAAUACGAGUGGCGACGCCCCACGCAAGUUCGCGAACCAGUUCGUCGUGACGUCAUGAAUUGUGAUGACAUUUGCUCGGGCUCAGUUCCUCUUUAUGCGUAAAACGUAGAACGCGCGGUGUUCCAAGGAAACUACACACUGACCUGAGGGAGAUUAAACAUAAGUUUAAUGUCGCCGGCAACGGGCCAGACCAAUGUCCAAAUACAUUGAGGUUUGUGACGUGGCAGUGACGCACUGGGAGAAGGGAGAGAAGAGAACCUGACCUUACUUACUUGCGUUUCUUUUAUUGAAAAGCUCCGUAACCGUGCCCGACAGUAACUACCUCAAGGUGUUCGGUAUGAGGUUAAAGUUAUUUACAUAGCUGUAUAUGUAAAACAGAAAUCUUCAGCUGCUCAGGAUGACUACGAGAAAUAUGCUGUUAGGACCGUUUUUAAAGAAGCGCAUUUUAAUGUUUCCCUCAAGAGAGAGAGUAAAAGAGAAGCGAAGAGGGAGCUAGAGAGGUUAAACAAGGACAUGCCUGGUUGGCUACCCUACACAUGGGGAAGGGGAAAAGGGAAGAACGGAUAAUGUGAGAAAAGAAAAAUUAUAAUCAGUCACUCACAGUCGGUCGCAGAGGAAUCUCCACUGUGACAAGCGUUUAUACAGUUCAGUGACCUUCAAGAAACGCAGAAGGACUUUUGUGUCCUUUUGCAUGCAAGAACGCAUAUGCCAUGGUCCAAGGAUUUUUUCUUCUGAGAGGGCUCUAGUGUCUAAGCAGGUUGAAUUUCGCUUGUAAAGUACAUCAUUAAGUGUCAAAGCAUGGGAUCCCCGCAGAGGCGUCUGCGUCAGCAGGCGUUUGGUGUGUUGCGACACCACGUACCCGAGCACACGAGGGUUGGACCCUCCCGCGUGUAGCCGUGCGCGACUUGGCCGUGUCCGGCGAAAGGGGGUUCCUGGGGGUUGAGCCGAUGCAGGGUAUUCGGACCUUUAAGGCCCCCCGGCGGAGAACACGCCUCUUUGGCCUCUGCUUCACGUAGACGGCACCCCCGGACUGACCCACCCGGGGGAAAUCGGCAGUCGCCUUUUCCUGUCCUCCUCUCUAAUCUUCGUCUUUCUCUCUCGCCUUUUUUCAUCUUUCCUGUCUUCUUAUCACUUCUCCUCACUUCCUAAUUUCCCGGCGGCAAGGGUUGACCUUGUGUAGCUAGCCAGCCUUGGUUAUGGUGUAUUUGGUUAUAGCAGCGAUGUACGGCUGGCGUUGACAGGGUUUCCCUUGCAGGAACUUCUGUCACGUCCCCCUGUUGGGCUCCAUGGUGGGUGGUCGGCAUCGCGGCCGAAAACCCAACUCUACUUAUGGAAAACGCCUUUCCUAAACUACCUGAUCGCCCUCAGAAACGAGGGCGCACCGAGGAUCUCUUUCAGUUUUUCGGACAAGUCCAGAACCUUCCUAGAUACCAUGUGAUUCACUCAGAAAAGCCAGACAAACUAGUGCGUAACAUUUCACCGUUCCUUGUUUCGAAGUCUUUAACUGAAGUUUUUGGAACAGGAUAUAGCUUGUUGAGGUUUGAGGGGUCUCCCUAAUGACAUGUACAUAUUUCCUUGGCGACAUCAGUGGGCACCGUCCUAGUCAAUCUUGUGAUUAUUUAUUUGCGCAUUCCCGGCAAUCGCGAUCGUAGUGUGACUUAUUUCUUACGUCACGUUUUUGGUCCUUGAGCCGCCUGGAAAUCUUCCACGUUUCGCCAAUAUGUAGUCGAUGGUAAUCAGCGCAUGGUAUCUUAUAUACGGCUCCUCGGACGGAUUUAAUGGGCAACUUGUCCUUCACAUUCAUUAUCUGCUCCGAAACCACAGUCCCGAAACCUCAGAUAGUUCACCAAACUUUGUCAGUGACCAUGACUCUUCUCAUAUUUAGUCCUAAUGAAUUAGUCAACAUGUCAAAUACUAUAAUUAGAUGAAAAGCGUCGGUGUGAAAAUUGUAGAGCAACACGAAAAACUCCCGACACAGCUUUCUGCUGGUCAUUAUGUCAUUAUGAUCAUUAUGAUAGUGUUUGUCCAAGUGUGAAAGAGUCACGCGAAAACAAGCAAAGUGCCUCGAGCGGCCAGUCGCACUACAAUAUUGCGCGUAUUCACGGGCUUCUUUCACGCCUAUAAAAACUUUCAUGUACCGCGUAUUGAGCAACAGAAACCUGUAUCCGUAGUUUUUCAUAUUCCUCUACAAUUUUCUCAUUCACAUAGCUCAUCUUACUGUAUUAGUUCAGAGGUUGAUUGUUUAAUUAGGACUAAUUAUCUAAUUAGGCGAAAUGCAAAAAAUAAACUAGAUAUCUCCAAGCGGUGACAAACAAUAUUACCUUGGUUCCUUUCAGCCACGUGGCAUUUGCAUAUUUUGAAAUCUUUCGUGCAUGAUAGUUGGGACACCCUGCAUAUGUAGGGCAUAUAGCGUAUUCAUGCAGUGGAGCGGAUUAGCUCUCCCAAGUAUAGGUAAGAAAGGGUGGGAUGUUCGAGCGAGUCAAAAAGUGUGGAUAAGAGAGUGCGCGUCUAUUCUAAAUAAGCAAGGAGUACGUUGUGUAUUUAGAACAUGCUUGGUACGCCGGCUUGCCAGGUCUGUUCUCCAUGUGGUCCUUGAUGGCAUCGAUGUGGUAAAUGUAAGUGUUUGUGCCUGGCGAAAUAGAACAUAUCGCUAUCUCAAGUGUUUCUGGGAACCCGGCAUGAGUGACAUAAUUCAAGCACAGACGUCCAGAACACGCGUACAGAAGCCACGGCUAUAAAAAAAGAAGCCUGUAGUUCCAUAAGGGUAUUAUUCUGUUCGACGCACAGAAAGCAGUAUCUGGAAAGUAAGUUUCGCCAACUUGCUCGCGCCUAUUACUCUUACCUGCCCUGAAAAUGCGGGCCAGUAUAAAUUGUCAAGCUUUACUUCACCGGCACGGAAUGUGACAGCAACGCCGCAGCACCUGCAUGAUGUCAUGCUCUGCAAUUUGUCCAUAGAUCGGCAACAUUAUUUCACCAUUCUUUCGGUUAUACGCAGCCGAAGGGUCAACGUAGGCCUCGAACGAAGGCGGAACUUUGUGCCCCAUAAGACGAUACCGCAACUACGGCUCGGCUUACAUAGCUUGGAGGCGACAAGAAGCAGCGAGAUAACACUAAGCGGCGAAAGACGGAAUGUCGACGUUGGCGAGAUAGUGAGCAGAAGGCGGCGAGCAGACGGCUCGUGAGGACCUUCAGUGACGAGCCUACAUCGACGACCAUUGCCGUUGGUGAUGUCGGCUGCCUAGGCGAAAGGAAACGGAUCGGUCUUGGUGCUCGAAAAAGAUGAUCUGGAUUCGGCGUGUAUCUGGUAUUUCGGUGCUGCUCUGCGGUGCCUUCUUAUACGUGCUGCAAGGUUUCACUGAUGGGUGCAUCGUGACCGCUCCUAGCCUCGUCCGGCUGGGCGCUGAAGAAACGGUACUUGUCAUAAACAGGGGAAACGCAACCAGAAAUGUCACACUGCAGGCAACCGACUACCCUGCUGAAGCUCGCCUUCUCUUUAUGCAGUCAUUUCGUCUUAAAAACGGUGAGGAGAAACUCGUGCACUUGAGACUCGACGAGACAAAAUUUGCCAGCGAGGACCUCCAGGCAAAUCGUUCGAUGCUUGUUUCCCUGAGAGUCCAGUGCGGUGGCGAGUUUAACAAGACAGCAGUUUUGGUGCUGAAGCCGAGUUCUGGGUACAUAUUCGUCCAGACGGACAAGCCCGUCUACAGCCCGGGGCAGGACGUUCUGAUACGAAUUGUGGCUGUGGAUGAAGCCUUGCUUCCCUCGGUGGACACCGUUCACCUCGAGAUUAAGAACCCGCAGGAUGUUCUCUCCUACGCGUGGGACGUUCCGUCCGGGGCCCCGAACACCGGGCUGAUCAGCCACGCGUAUCCCCUGCCCAAGUACCCGAUGUUCGGCAAGUGGAAAGUCAUCGUGACGUAUGGACGGCACAAAAAUCGAAAAUCCGAGGUCUCCUUUCAAGUGAAAGAAUACGUUUUGCCAACGUUUUCUGUUCAUCUUCUGGUGCCGAAGGUGAUUCUGCCGAGCGGGCAAGAUAGCAUCAACGUGAAAGCAAGUUACGUUUACGGGGAGUCGGUAAAAGGCACAGCCAUUGUUACGCUGUCGGUGCGGAAUGAAGUCAACCACGACGUCAAGUUUGGGACAAAACUUGUGGCACAGCUGGCUGACGGACGUGCAAACAUCAGGGUUCCCGUUGAGGAGCUUAAGAACGGAAGCGAGUGGAAAGACUGGGUCGAUGGCAACAGACUCUCCGUACGAGCCGUGGUGGUCGAGGAAGUCACGGCGAAGCAGGAAGCUGCGCUGGAUGAUUCGGCAAUUUUCAGCAACACGCCGUACACCGUCAGUCUGGAGAAUGCUCGACGAGACUUCAAGCCUGGCACCCGAGUCGCGGUUGUGGCAGACAUUCGACAUGCGAACGGCCAACCAGCCAGCGAUGUUGAUGCGAAGAUAACGGUGACCUAUGAAAAUGGCACAGAGGCGAGAGACUUAUGUAAGUUUCCUACGAAGAAAACGAAUAAAGUGGGCAAGGCGUGGUUUGUCAUCGAUACUCGACAAGGUCAACAACGGCUGAACGUAACGGUCCGCACAGACCAUGACCGUCCGUCGGAAGCCUCGGCAACGUUGGUCAAGUACACGUCACCGGUGAACGCCUUCGUCGCUAUUGACCACAGGUCCUACAGCAAAGACGACCUCGAAGCGGAUGACAACUUCGAGAGGUACCUGACAACAUACCCAGACGACUUCUCAACAGUUUAUUACCAGGUUGUGGUACGUGGCAAGAUUGUGGCACGCGGAAACGCGGAUCAAUCGGGCCAGUAUAAAUAUCACGUGCGCUUUAAACUCACAGAAGAGAUGGUCCCCAAGUUUAGGUUGCUGGUAUUCGGCUUCCACCAGGGACACGUGGUAGCCGACUCGGAAGACUUCGAGAUGGCCGAACGCUGUUCCUUCUCAUCUACGAUAAAACUGUUCAUCAACCGGGACCGCGCGGAGCCCGGUGAUCAGAAAGUAAUUGGCGUCCAAGGAAAGGAGAACACGAUAGUUGGUCUACUCGCUGUGGACAAAGCUGCGUAUCUUCUCGGCGACGCCACCCUGCUCACGAGAAAGAAGCUAUUUGGGGCACUUCGCUCACACGACCCAAGUUGCGGCCCAGGCGGAGGUGUCACGGCGGAAGAGGUUCUCGCUAACGCUGGCGUCCUGAUAAUUUCGGCUGAGGACUCCACGGACAUCAUCACUUCAGAAAACAAUUGUGCUGCCAGGGCUCAUCGUCGCAAAAGAGACGUUCGCGAAGCACGGUUUCGAUUCACCACUCCAUUAAUGCGACUCUGUUGUGAUGUGGGCACGUUGCCGGACAGACUGCGGAGGCACUGCUCCACUAGGGAGGACAUCAUCCGGCGCCACUUCAACAGCCCAGAAGGCAACGAGUGCGCUGACGCAUUCGCUUACUGCUGUGCUCGCACAUUCCAAUUCAAGGACGGUGGGCCUUUGUUAAUGGAGAAUUCCGACCUACCAAGGGCUCGUGAUGGAAGUAAUCAUCUCGACGUGCCGGGUGGUCUUGAAGAGGAAGAUAUGUCUGACAAACUGCUUAGGCAGGACUUCCGGGAGGCAUGGCUGUUCGAGCAAGGAACAAUAGGGGACGACGGCUGGUACAACCGUUCAUUCAGUUUGCCGCACAGCAUAACGACGUGGUCUGUUCAGGCAAUGGCCGUGUCUCCUGAAGGAGGUGUUUGUGUCGCCAAACCUGAGGAGGUGGUGGUUUUCCGGAAAGUGUUCCUCCAAGUCAGCUUUCCCUCGACGGUCGUCAGGAACGAACAAGUCGAGAUAGUGGCAACCCUGUUCAACUACGACACGGAAUCGCAGGACGCAACAAUCUCCUUGUACGGCGAUCCGGGCUUGUGCAUCGCGUCGAAGCAUCCUCGGCUGCCACACGCGAAGGUACUAAGAGUGGAAAAGAAGUCCGCCGGAAGCGUCAGCUUUCCCGUGGUUCCCCUGCGUCAGGGAACCUUGCCCAUUCAAAUUCACCUCCGAAGCACCGGUUAUACCGACCGUGUUAGGAAGACCUUAACAGUUGUGCCUGAGGGGACGUCCGAUGAACAGAGCUUCUCGGUGACAAUUGACCCAAGCAAUGAACAACGCCGGAGGAAGAGAGCCAUUGUGACAAGGGCGUAUAGAGAUGUAUUGGAGGAAGACAAUGGACGACAGGUAAUAACUAUAAUUCCACGUUACCCCUACAACACAGUUCCGGGCACUGAGUCGUGCUCUGUUUCCGUCAUAGGCAGCGAAGCGGCUACCGUUGGGGGAGCGGCCAUUGCGAACGUCGAGUCACUGAUAUCAAUGCCCAAGGGUUGCGGAGAGCAGACUAUGAUGAUUAUGGCACCGGUCCUCUAUGCGUACAAGUAUUUAAAGGUGAAGAACAUGCUAAACGAAACCGACAGAGGCAAUGCUCUCAAAUAUCUUCUCGAAGGGUACGGGCGAGAGCUGAAGUUUAGAAACGAGAAUGGAUCGUUUGCCACAUUUCAGAAGAGGCCCGGGAACGUAUGGCUGACAGCCUUCGUGCUCAAGGUUUUCUGCGAGGCCCAAGAUGUUAUCGACAUUAGUCCUGACGUCAUAGAAAAAGGAUUAUCCUGGCUUUCGAGGCAGCAACAGCCCGACGGCAGCUUCCAAGAGCUUGAUCCCAUUUUACACCGAGAAAUGCUGGGAAGCGUUCAGGGAAGAACGGCGAUGACAGCAUUUGUUCUGCUGACGCUUCAAGAAUGCGCGGCUGCAUCAGGUUCUCUGUCGGAGGGGGUCAACACCACCAUUGCGCGGGCUCGAUUUUAUAUCGUAGAACGCCUGGAUGCCAUCAAAUUUCCGUACAUAGCAGCUCUGACGGCGUAUGCACUGAGCUUCGUUCCCGGACCCGACUGGCAAAAGUCGAUGGACGUCCUAAGAGCGCACCUUCUCGAAGACACAGAUAUGAAUACACUUAGCACGGGAGAUGAGGCUACAGGCAUUGACGUCGAAGGCACCGGCUACGCUCUUCUGGCUCACCUCAAGCAUCGUGACCUCGACUCGAGCAAGAAGUUUGUCAACUGGCUUCUUCGGCACCGGUCAGCUUCUGGGUCAUUCGUGUCCACGCAGGACACCGUCGUAGCGCUUCAAGCCCUCUCGGAAUUCUCCAUACAAAUUUCGAAUGCCGCCCCUGACAUCUUUGGAGUAGUCUUCGCUGAUAAUACUCUUCAGGACUUCCGCGUUAAACGAGAGAAUGCUGCUCUGUUGCAAGAGUUUACGAUCGUCGACGCCAGAGGAAAAAUUGUCCUUAACGCAUCUGGAAUGGGCACGGCAGCACUGAAUGUGAGGCUGAGAUACAACAUUCUGGCCCCACCCCAACAAGGCUGCAAGUUUGAUCUUUCUGUUGCAGCCGAAAUGUACAGCGAAAGCGGAGGAGGUCCUGGAAAGCUUCCCAUAGACCUACUACAAAAGAUUGGUGUACAGGGGUCGCACCUUGCAUCCAGGCAUCGUGUUGGACGAGCACAGGGAAAACAAAAAAGCAAGUCCGAUAAAGAGCCUACGUAUCAAAUAAAAGUGUGCACCAGAUAUUUGGGCGGAAAUGAAUCAAACAUGGCUAUUGUGGACGUUGGAACCUUCACUGGCUUCAGGCCGAUUAAGAAUGACUUGAACAAAGUUGCCAAAGAGACGGCAGGGGUAGACUCUUACGAAGAACGGGAGAACGGCGUCAUCUUUUACCUUAAAACGGUGAUAGCGGCGACGGCCACUUGCCUAAAGUUUCGGGUCGAAAGGGAAUUCGCAGUAGUAAAUCUUCAGACUUCAACCGUGAAGGUGUACGACUAUUACAGACAAAGCGACAAUUGCACCCAGUCCUACAGACCCGAGACAGCGGGUGCUUCGGUGAAGCUCUUCUGCGACGGCAACAUGUGCAAAUGCGCUACAGCGGAGUGCCCUGUCAACGAAACUUUCACUGAUGUCUUGAAACCGGGCAGGAAUUCCACGGUGUGGAACAGGAUGGCCCUCAGAAAAAUCGCAUGUGACGACCACGACUUCGUGUGGCAAGGAAACGUUUCUGCAAACUACGUCCUCGCAGGUUAUAGGCACUUAGCGUUCCACAUCGACAAAGUUAUAAAAGAAGGUGAAGAAAAUAGCCGUACUCUUCAAAACCAAACGCGACUUUUUCUUGGCCGCCAGUUGUGCAACACGUCGAACCUCGCCGUCGGACGUCAAUACGUCAUAUUCGGCAAGGACAGCGAUGACGACAUCACGGAUGGAGGUUUAAGCGUCAGGUACCCGCUGAAUCACAGAGUUCGGAUCUACCAUACUUCAAGUGGUUCCACACUGCCAGCUAAAGAAAGAAGUGUGCAAAAAAGCAUACAGUGGCUCUCGGACGGGUUUACCAGCGAGGGUGGCUGUAAUGAAUAAAUGUUUCAGAACGG